CGAGAGAGAACGAUCGAGAGAACCAAAGAAUCUUGGGCCAACUCAUACUGCAAGAUCCAAGCUUGGAGCAGCUCUUGGAGCCAUUGCCGAAGCUGCACAAUACAACAAGGAAUUCAACAUGAUGGUGUCGUCGUCAAGAUUGGCCGUUGCCGUGCUUUCCAUCGGACUUCUGUGUGUCUGCCAUGGUUUCGCUCCGUCCGCACUCCCAAGUCGGCUUCAUCAGCCAUCUAAAAGCAGCAGCAGCAUGUUGCAAAUGGGUCUGGACGUGGUGACCUAUCUUCGAACCGAAUGGGUCUCGGCUGCCUUGGUGACGAAUCAAACGCCUCGUUCGGCCGACGUCUGUCUUCAGUUGGGAACCCAAGAUGGUCGCGCCGUGCAGUUUGUGCCUCGUACGGUGCGAGAAAUCAUCACCUCCUCGGUCGAGACGGAUGGCGUCUUGCCCGUGUCGACGCGCCGACAACUCAAGCAACAAAAAGAACGACGAUCGGGAUCGGCCAAAAUUAAUUACAUUGAUCAGCGCGCCGAUGACUUGAAAGAAGUGGCCAAUGAAAGUGUCGAUGUCGUGAUUAGUCUGCAAUCCGCCGCGGUCAUGGCCGAAAAUGGGUUGGAUUGGAAAAACAGUGUGAAAGAAGCUGGACGUGUGCUAAAACAUGGUGGAAGAUUUAUUUUUGUAGAACAAACCAUGCUGGGAGGAGAAGACUAUAUUGAUUUUAUUGGAAAUUUGAGACCACCUCGUGACACAACAACAACAAAAAGUGCUGAUAGGGAAGAAGAGGAGGAUGACUUUAGCUAUGCUCCCCUCUUUGAGCUUGUGGGAUUUGAUGAUGUCGAUCUGGUAUUGGAACCUCAUGUGGCGGGAGUCUUUGCCAAGUCGGAGAUUGCUGGAAUGUCCGUCGACCAAAUGGAGAAAAAAGAAGCCAACAAGGAAAAGGAACGUCUGGAAGACUUGUCCCUGGCGGCCUAUGAACGUGGCAUCAAAAAGCGCAAGAGGAAAAAGAAACCAAAGAAAGGAGAAGCAGCAGCAAGCACCGAAUCAUCAGCAGAGUAAUAAAGCAGCAGCAAGGUUUUUAGAUCCCAGUUACUACCG